AUGAUUAAAUAUUCUACGGAAAGUCCCCAGAAACAUUAUCAUGAUGGUUUAGCCGCUUUUAGAAAAAAAGAAUUCGAAAAAGCGCAAACCUAUUUUACAAAGGCAAUCGUACUGGACCCAAAUAAUAUUCAACUUUAUGAUUCUCGUGCAGCGACACGUGAAAAACUUGGACAGCUUACUUCUGCCCUACAAGAUGCCGAAAUCAUAAUGAAUUUAGACAAGACUUCGGCCAAGGGUUAUCUUCGUGCGGGUAAAGUGUACCGAUUAUUAGGGCAAAAUGCAAAGGCAUUAGAAAUUUACAAUAAUGGGAUUAAAGAAGUAAAACCAAAUGAUCAAUUGUUACAUAUAUUGCAUCGAUUUGCUAAGGAGAUGCAAGAAAAUUCACAGGAGUCGACUGUUAAUAAAUCAACUAAAACCUGCGACAUAGUAGUAAUGUUUCCGAUUGAACUUACUCAUGAGAUUUUCGAAAGUUUACCGUUGGCUAGUCUUUGUAAAGCAUCGACCGUUUCCAAACGUUGGCGACAUUUUAUUAUAAAUUCACAAUCUUUAUGGAAAAAUCUAGAUUUCACUCUUAAUCGACCAUAUAGUAAAGUUACUGAUCAAGUUGUUAGUACAUAUGUGAAUCGUGGAAAAUUACGAAUUCAGUCAUUUAUAUGUCGUAAUGCUGAAAAACUUAGCGAAAGAACUUUAAAGGCCUUUAGAGCGGUUCCAUGCCAUUAUUUAAAAAUAUUCGAAUUAACAUCAAAUGGGUCAAUCAAUGAAACCGCAAUAGUUAUAUUCAUUCGUAUGAUUGGUUUACAAUUAAGAACAAUUAAUCUUUCAAACACUCAGGCUUCUAAUAGAACAGUUAGAACAAUAUUAAUGCAUUGUCCUCAACUUGAAACAUUAAAUUUGUCAUUAUGCAAGGUAACAACUCAAGCGUUCGAUCUAGGAGAUGAACAAUGUAAAGCGUCAAAAGUUAGAGAUCUUGACUUGAAUGGCUGUCGAAACAUUGACAAAGCAGUGGUUUCCUUUAUUAUCAUUCUAUUUCCAAAUAUUACACACUUAAAUAUACAUGGAAUUUCUGGAAUAACAACGAAUACUCUGGUCAACUUGGCCUAUCUUUCGAAUUUGGAAUGUAUUAGCAUGUUUGGAAAUAUGCAUGAGGAUGGAUUGGGUAUCGAAGAUGCAUUCUUAAAAUUCUCAGAGUCUUGUCCACUGCUUCGACAAUUUGUUUUGGAAGAGUGUCCAGACUUGACCGACAAUUGCAUUC